AUGGUUAAAUCUGUGAUUGUAACUGGUGUGUCAAGAGGUAUUGGUAGAUCCAUAGUGGAACAGAUUAUUGGUGCUGGAGAGAAUGCCGUUGUAACCGGUAUCGCUAGGUCCGAAAGUUCAUUGAAAAGUUUGAAAGAACAGUUUGGUGACAAGUUCUUCUAUGUGGUUGGUGAUGUUACAGAUAAAAAUGCUGCUAGUGCAUUAGUACAAGAGGCAUUAAACAAGACCGGUAAGAUUGAUGCUGUUGUUGCUAAUGCCGGUGUAUUGGAACCUGUCCAAACUGUACAAAAGGCUGACGUUGAUGGCUGGAAGCAAUUAUUCGAUGUGAAUUUCUUCAGUGUGCUUUCUCUGGCCACACUGGCUAUGCCACACUUGAUUAAAAGCCAGGGAAACUUGGUUCUCGUCAGCUCUGAUGCCUGCAACAUGUGGUUCAGUGGUUGGGGUGCUUAUGGUGCGUCAAAGGCAGCUUUAAAUCAUUUGGCGCUCACCAUUUCAAAAGAGUGUGAUGGCGUCAAGGCCAUCGCCGUGGCUCCAGGUGUGGUAGAUACUAGCAUGCAAGAUAGCAUUAGGGAGAACUAUGGCCCUAGUGGUAUGACACCGGAAGCACAAAAGUUAUUCAACGAUUUCAAAGCCAAUGGGGUUCUUUUAGAUGUCAAAAUUCCAGCAAGAGUUUAUGCUAAUUUAGCCCUCCAGGGAAUUCCUAACGAAUUGAACGGUGAAUACGUGAGCUACGACGACAAGAGAUUGGGUUAA